AUGGACUUUAUUCUAUUAUGGCUAUUCUCAUUUGUUAUCGGAUUUUGGAUAUUUCGUAAAAUAAGCGAAUGGAAGAAUCUGCCACCUGGUCCAUGGGGUCUACCUAUUCUAGGGUAUCUACCCUUCAUAGAUCCACAGCAGCCUCAUUUAACUCUUACCAAAUUGUCUAAAACUUUUGGACCUAUAUAUGGUAUUAGUAUGGGAAAUAUAUACGCUGUCGUUUUGUCUGAUCAUAAGUUGAUAAGGGAUGCAUUUUCUAAAGAAACGUUUUCUGGUAGAGCUCCACUAUAUCUGACUCAUGGCAUAAUGCACGGCAAUGGUAUUAUAUGUGCUGAAGGUACUUUGUGGAAAGAUCAAAGGAAGCUGGUGUCGUCCUGGUUAAAAAGUUUUGGCAUGAGCAAGCACAGCGUGUCAAGAGAUAAGUUGGAGAAACGCAUAGCUUCGGGUGUAUAUGAACUCAUUGAAAAUAUUGAUAAAUCAUCUGGAUCUGAAUUAGAUUUAGUACACAUGCUCACUAACUCAUUGGGGAACGUCGUUAAUGAAAUAAUUUUUGGAUUCAAGUUUCCCCCUGAUGAUAAAACAUGGAACUGGUUUCGCCAGAUCCAAGAAGAAGGGUGCCAUGAAAUGGGUGUUGCAGGCGUUGUGAAUUUUUUACCAUUUGUAAGAUUUAUUUCGCCGUCUACGAAAAAGACAAUUGAAGUCCUGGUUCGAGGUCAAGCCCAAACACAUAGGCUCUACGCCAGUAUCAUAAACAGAAGACGUAAAAUGCUAAGCUUAACAACGCCGAAAGGAGCGGAAUACAUUCUCCAUAAAAAAUUAUUUGUUGAACAUCCAGAAGGCCACAUCAAGUGCAUUACAUAUAGCAAAUAUGCCGCCAACCAAGAACAUUUCUUUGAUCCUAACAUUUUGAUACCAACAGAAGAUGAAUGCAUUUUAGACAAUUUCUUAAAAGAACAGAAACAAAGAUUUGAAAGCGGCGAAGAAUCUGCGAGAUUUAUGACAGAUGAACAGCUUUUAUAUUUGCUGGCCGAUAUGUUUGGAGCUGGUCUUGACACCACGUCUGUAACAUUGUCUUGGUUUUUAUUGUACAUGGCUUUAUACCCUGAGGAACAAGAACUCGUUCGGAAAGAAAUUUUAUCAGCCUACCCAGAGGAUGGAGAGGUAGACAGCUCAAGGUUACCUUAUCUGAUGGCAACAAUUUGCGAAACCCAGAGAAUUCGAUCAAUUGUACCCGUUGGUAUACCACAUGGUUGUUUACAGGAUACAUAUUUAGGAAAUUACAAAAUUCCAAAAGGUGCCAUGGUAAUACCUCUUCAGUGGGCCAUUCAUAUGGAUCCUGAUGUGUGGGAGAAUCCGGAGGAAUUCAAACCAAGCCGUUUCUUAGCUCCGGAUGGUAGUUUGCUAAAGCCUCAAGAGUUUAUACCUUUCCAAACAGGUAAACGCAUGUGUCCAGGUGAUGAGUUGUCUCGGAUGUUAUCAUGUGGAUUGAUAGCCCGCCUUUUUAGACGUCGCCGUAUCCGACUCGCAUCGAAACCGCCUACUCCUGAAGAAAUGCGGGGUACAGUCGGUGUGACUUUGUCUCCACCAGUCCUGAAAUAUUAUUGUGAUCCAUUGUAA